AUGAGCGCGAACUCUUCGCGUGCGGCGCUGCUUCUCACCCGUCAACUUCGGGACUUGAAUAAGAGCUCCGUGGACGGUUUCAGCGCGGGACUCGUUUCGGAGGACGAUCCCUUCCGUUGGGCUGUUACGGUGCUGGGCCCUCCAGACACGCCCUUCGAGGGGGGCCUGUUUCGAGCGGAGCUUACGUUUCCACCGGAGUACCCUAUGUUGCCGCCAAGAAUGAGGUUUUUGCCGCCAAUACCCUGGCAUCCGAACGUUUACCGAAACGGCGAAGUUUGCAUCAGCAUUCUGCAUCCUCCGGGUGACGACCCACACGGGUAUGAAAUGGCCGGCGAACGUUGGUCACCUGUUCAUACUGUUGAGUCGAUUCUACUAUCUGUGAUCAGCAUGCUCGCGUCCCCGAAUGACGAAUCACCCGCGAAUAUAGAUGCUGCUAAGGAGUGGCGCGAACAACCCGAUGCGUACCGACGGCGGGUUCGAAGCCUUGUUCGCCAGACGUUGGAAGAGUCGUGA